AUGGAACUUUGUGACGACUCAUCUGUAUUAUUCAGGUUAUUGUUUGAAAGAUGCUUUCAAGAGUAUCUUUUAUUAUGUUGCGACCCAACUGAAUCAGCAGCCAACGCAAUAAAUCUCGCAAAUGAACUGACUCGUAAAUGUACCAAUAAAGACGAAAAACAAUUACUAAAAUUUAAUUUGGAAGGAUUAUAUAUGAUGAUUGAGAAAUACAAUUUGUGUGAACGUAUUUUAGGAAGCUAUAAACGUCUUAAAAAUAUUAGGAAUUGUAUUAAUGAUCUUAAACAAAUAAAUUAUUCCUAUGAGCAAAGCAAAAGAGUCUUGGAAUACCACAAUAAAAGCUUAAUUGACGUAGUGGGUAUUUACUCUGAUUACUAUAUUUUGAAUAAGCUAUUUCUUAUUGAGGAAGGCGAUGAUAAUGAAAUUAAAAUUGACAUUGCUCACUUGAAGAUGUUUACGAAUUGGAUUGAAUUGAUGAGUCGCGAAACCUCUGAACUACCGAUUGUAAAGAAUACUAUAAACAAUGAACCAAUUUCUAGUAUAAUAAGUUUGGCUCAGUUAAAUGUUAUUGAGAUGAUCAAGAACAAUUUCAAUGUAACUACUGAAAUUAAUCAACAUCUUGAUGAGAAAAUAGGAGCCAAAAUAAUAAGGCCCUGCCAAGUCAGAUUCGUAUUAGUAUUAUUCCAAGGAAAUAUUCUUGAGCAUGGAUUUGGAGGGUUCUCUGCUCUUAGAAGUGCAUUGAACCUUAUUUACUUGUUCCCUAGCAAUAUUCAAGAAGUUAUAAAAUCUUGGUUUAUUAAACUUCCAUUAGAAUAUCUAGAGCAAGCCGUGUCUACACUUCAGCAAAUGAUAAGUGUGAGGUUUUAUGAACUUUAUGACGAUCAUAAUGAAAACUUUGAUAUUACCAGGUUUCCCUUCAGAAAUAUUGCAUCAAAUGCUAUUAAGUCGCUUAAACCAGCAUUUCUUAAUGAUUUAAGAAUCUCAAGUAAUUUACUUAGAAUACUGUUUGACGCAAAUAAGGAAAGAGGGAUAAUCACCAUAGAUUUUGAUUUUUCGAAUAACAAUAGAUUGGACAUUUCCCUUUUCACAAAUGAAGCAAUUAAUUCUGCAAGAGCUUUAUUGCAAUAUGAACUCAGACAAUGGUUUUUAUCUAAUCCACCUUCAAAUGAUACAGAAUUUGGCUUAUUAAAAAAUGCUUAUCUCCUCGAACCCUCUAUUAAAGCGCAGGCACUUCAACAAGACUCUUUGAUGCAACAAAGAUUAGAACUUCAAUCGUCAAUUUCCCAAGCACUCGGAUCAGUGGAAUCUCUCUUUAACCCCACGCAAGCACUUAUCCAACCAUUUCUUGUACUAAAAGUGCACAGAGACUCAAUAGUUAACGACUCUAUGGAGCAACUAGUUAUUCAAAGCAACUUGAAAAAACAACUUAAGGUCAGCUUUGUUGGAGAAGAAGGAGUUGAUGAAGGAGGAGUUCAAAAAGAGUUCUUCCAAUUAUUGGUUCAAGAAAUUUUUAACAUAGAUUUUGGAAUGUUUAUUUAUUACGAAGAUACCCGAUUAUUUUGGUUUAAUAUGGCAUCACUCGAGUCAAAUGGAGAAUUUGAACUAAUAGGAAUUGUUUUGGCACUAGCGAUUUAUAAUGGAAUUAUUUUGGAUGUGCAUUUUCCCCUUGCAGUAUAUAAAAAGCUACUCGGAUACAAAGUUGAUAUCGGUGAUUUAUAUGAAAUACAACCUGAAGUAGCCAAUUCGCUAUUAUCAAUUUUGUCAAUAAAAUCCGAAUCAGAAAUGGAACAACUAUGUCUUACUUUUUCUGCGACUAUUAACAAUUUUGGAGUUAUGACUGAAGUUCCCAUUGCUCCUGGAGAGUUUGAUCCAUCUGAACCAGUUACAAUCAGUAAUGUACAAAGAUAUGUUGAAAUUUAUUUAGAUUGGUUUCUAAACAAGUCUAUUGAAAGUCAAUUUAGAGCAUUCUACAAUGGCUUUCAAAGCGUAUGUGGAGGAAGAACACUAGAAUUAUUUUCUCCAGAAGAAUUAGUUCUGGUCAUUUGUGGAAGUUCAGAUUUUAACAUUGACUCUUUGAUUGAAGCAUCGCAAUACCAGGAUGGUUAUACUAAAGAUAGCACAACCGUAGUUAUGUUUUGGGAAAUUGUCAAAAAAUUAGAUUUAAAGUUACAAAAAAAACUGCUUUUCUUUGUAACAGGAUCAGAUAGAGUACCUAUGAAAGGUUUAGGUGAGUUGGGUUUUGUUAUUGGUCGUCAUGGCCCAGACUCUGAUUUACUUCCUAUUGCCCACACGUGCUUCAAUUUCCUAUUAAUUCCGGAUUACCAGAACAAGGAAAAAUUAGAAAGGCUAUUACUUAUUGCGCUUGAACAUUCCAAAGGAUUUGGUCUAAAAUAA